CCCCACCCCACCCCAUCCCUCAUCCCAUAAAACCCCAUCACCAUCACCACCACCACCACCACCACCACUACCUUCUCCGUCCUCCGUCCACCGCCACUUCCACUGCGGCCAUGGCUUUCAGACAUUUCUCCAUCAGUCUCUUAUCUCUCACCUCUCUCCUUUUCCUCGUCACGGGCCAAACCCCCUCGGCUCCGGCCCCAUCUCCGGCGGGCCCCAUCAACAUCACCGCCAUCCUGGCCAAAGGCGGCCAGUACACCACCUUCAUCCGCCUCCUCACUGCCACCCAAGUCGCCAACCAAAUCAACAAUCAGGUCAACAACUCCAACCAGGGUCUCACGGUCUUCGCCCCCACCGACAACGCCUUCGCCAACCUCCCCGCCGGCUACCUCAACAACCUCUCCGUCCAGCAGCAAGUCCAGCUCAACCUCUACCACGUCCUCCCCAAAUACUACUCCUUGUCCGACCUCCUCUCCGUCCCCAAUCCCGUCCAGACCCAAGCCAGCGGCAACAACGGAAAGCCCUUCAGCCUCUUCUUCUCCGGCGAGGGCAACCAGGUGAAUGUCUCCACCGGCAUUGUGGCGACCCAAGUGAACAACGCUCUGCGCCAGGACUUUCCGUUGGCCGUCUUCGAAGUGGACAAAGUGUUGAGGCCCAAGGAAUUUGAUGAAGUGGGCGCCCCGGCCCCGGCUCCGGCUAACAAAAACACCACUUCAAGCACGCCGGGCAGUACCACAAACUCGAGCGCGGCGGAGCCGGCUCCGAGAAAUGGCGCCGGACGAUUACAAUUGCAGGUGGGUUUGGUUUCAGCUGGGAUUGGAUUAUUUUGCAUGGGGAUGCUUAGGUGAGAUGAUGAUUAAUUAAUUGUUUUUAAUUUCUUUAUCGUUCUUGUCCUUUUUUAUCCUUCCUUUGUGGUGUAAAAUGAUGGUACGUACGUACGAUCGCGCGAGGGGUUGUUGGGAAUAUUUUGAUUUCACCAUUGCUGCUUUGUAUUUGUUUCUUUAUUUAUUUUUCUUCGUUUUGCUACGUAUAUCAUCAUAUCCAUUGUUUGACUGUAGAACCACGAAAUGAUACAAUGAUAUUUACUGUACAUUUUGCUUC